AUGAAUUUGCAAUACUUACACCAAAGCAUUGAAACCCUGAGACUGUCUGGUUUUACAAUUAGUGAUGAGGAUUUUACUGUCCUAGAAAAUUCAUUGUAUGUUUUACAAAAUGAAAAUCAUUUCAAAAGUAUUUAUCUUGUUGGUAAAAUUUGUGGAAUAGAAAAUGAUUAUAUCAUAUCUUUUGGAUAUGGAAAAGAUGCAUUAUCAGAUAGAACCUACUAUUACAGUACUAAUUGUUUGGAUUGGGGACUUUUACCUCAUGCUUCUACUGAUGCCAAAAAUUUAUUUCAUCUUUGUACGGAUCCUUUUCAAGGAGAUCCUGCAAUGAGGUCAUUCAUUAUUGCUGAUGAAGAUAAGUCAGGUGUAAGUGAAAUUUGUAAACUUACAGAAGAAGACAGAUUAGCCGCUUGUGUAACUUCCAUUAUGGAAGAAGCAGCUUUAAUACCAAGGGGUUCUCUUUAUCACCGCCCUGAUAAUGUUAUUGUUUCUAACUAUUUGUUCGAAGGACUUUCAAGUAUUGAAGCUUGUCAAUUGUCUUCCUUUCAACAUUACAGACCGGCUCAACAUAGGUGGAACACAAAUCUUCUCACCAGGAAAGAUUAUAACUGGUCAUAUGAUUUUUUAGAUACUAUUGAUUGUGAUAUACCUCUGUGUAAAACUUGGACACUUCAACAAGUUAAUGGGGAUGAUAUUGUUAUACUAAGAUCCCUUUAUUGGCCUGGUAUGACAUUUUAUCAUAGACUGCAGACUGAAGAACAUGGUUUCUUUUACUAUGGCACCGGUAGAAAAAAUUUAGAUAUACCAUUUAUGUUUGAAAAUCUUGAUUGAACUAUAAUUGAACUGAUUACUAC